AUGUCGCAGCUACUGCCCAUAAGGUUUCAGGAACAUCUUCAGCUUACGGCGGUAGGAAUAAACGCCAACAAUGUCAGCUUCAAUACACUCACUAUGGAGUCUGAUAAAUUUAUCUGCGUGCGUGAAAAAGUUGGCGAUACAUCACAAGUUGUUAUUGUCGAUUUAAAUGACACUGCUAAUCCAAUCAGGAGGCCGAUUUCCGCGGAUUCUGCGAUUAUGAAUCCGGCUAGUAAAGUUAUUGCUUUGAAAGCUCAAAAAACCUUGCAAAUUUUCAACAUCGAGAUGAAAUCAAAGAUGAAAGCCCAUACAAUGACAGAAGACGUAGUAUUCUGGAAAUGGAUAUCUCUAAACACCCUGGCUCUAGUAACAGAUCAAUCAGUAUACCACUGGUCAAUGGAGGGUGACUCGACACCAACAAGAGUAUUCGAUCGGCAUGCAUCAUUAAACGGCUGUCAAAUAAUAAACUACCGUACAGACCCAAAGCAAACCUGGUUGCUGUUAAUCGGUAUCUCUGCCCAACAUAAUCGCGUAGUGGGUGCGAUGCAUUUAUACUCCGUAGAACGCAAGUGCUCGCAGCCGAUAGAAGGCCACGCUGCCUCCUUCGCGCAGUUCAAGAUGGAGGGCAACGCCGAGCCUAGUAAUCUAUUUUGCUUCGCCGUAAGGACGACCCAAGGGGCGAAACUUCACAUCAUAGAAGUAGGUCAACCACCAGCUGGCAAUGCUCCAUUCCCAAAAAAAGCCGUGGAUGUUUUCUUUCCAGCCGAGGCUAGUAACGAUUUUCCGGUGGCGAUGCAAGUCAGCUCCAAGUACGACGUUAUCUAUCUCAUCACCAAGUACGGAUACAUCCACAUGUAUGACAUUGAGUCUGCUACCUGUAUAUUCAUGAACCGCAUCUCCGGAGAGACAAUUUUCGUGACCGCGCCUCAUGAGGCUUCAGGAGGAAUAAUUGGAGUUAACCGCAAAGGUCAAGUCCUCUCGGUUUCUGUUGAAGAAGAAAACAUAAUCCCGUACAUAAACGGCGUUCUUCAGAACCCAGAACUGGCUCUGAGGAUGGCAGUAAGGAACAAUUUAUCCGGCGCAGAAGAUUUAUUCGUUCGGAAAUUCAACAUGCUGUUCCAGAACGGACAGUACGCAGAGGCUGCUAAAGUUGCCGCCAAUGCACCCAAGGGAAUUCUCCGUACUCCCGCUACUAUUCAGCGCUUUCAACAGGUUCCCACGACACAAGGCCUGACAUCUCCCUUGCUCCAGUACUUUGGUAUCUUGUUAGACCAAGGACAGCUUAAUAAAUUCGAAUCUCUGGAGUUGUGUCGUCCAGUUUUGGUCCAGGGCCGCAAACAAUUGCUGGAAAAGUGGCUGAAGGAAGACAAGCUCGAGUGCAGCGAAGAGCUCGGGGAUUUGGUUAAACAAGCUGACCCAACCCUUGCUCUAAGCGUAUAUUUGCGAGCAAAUGUACCCAAUAAAGUUAUUCAAUGUUUCGCCGAGACUGGCCAGUUCCAAAAGAUUGUUCUUUACGCUAAGAAGGUGUCUUAUACUCCGGAUUACAUUUUCCUGCUGAGAAACGUCAUGAGAAUAAACCCAGACCAGGGUGUGGCGUUCGCGCAAAUGCUUGUACAAGAUGAUGAACCCUUAGCGGACAUCAAUCAGAUUGUUGACAUAUUUAUGGAGCAGAAUAUGGUGCAACAGUGUACAGCCUUUUUGCUGGACGCCUUGAAGAAUAACAGACCGAGCGAAGGAGCUCUUCAGACAAGACUACUCGAGAUGAACUUGAUGUCUGCACCUCAAGUUGCUGACGCUAUUCUGGGCAAUCAAAUGUUCACGCACUACGACCGCGCACAUGUUGCUCAACUCUGUGAAAAAGCAGGACUUUUGCAACGUGCUUUAGAACAUUAUACCGAUUUGUAUGACAUAAAACGCGCUGUUGUACACACGCAUUUGCUUUCUGCAGACUGGCUUGUGGGAUUCUUCGGAACUCUGUCAGUUGAAGACUCUCUAGAGUGUCUCAAGGCUAUGAUGACUGCGAAUAUCAGACAGAAUUUGCAAAUUUGUGUCCAGAUUGCUACUAAGUAUCACGAGCAGUUGACUACUAAAGCGCUGAUUGACUUGUUUGAAAGUUUCAAGUCCUACGAAGGGCUGUUUUAUUUCUUGGGAUCGAUUGUUAACUUCAGCCAAGAUCAGGAGGUUCAUUUCAAGUACAUACAGGCGGCCUGUAAAAUUGGACAGAUUAAAGAAGUCGAGCGUAUUUGUCGGGAGAGUCAUUGCUACAAUGCCGAACGCGUUAAAAAUUUCUUGAAAGAGGCCAAGUUAUCUGAUCAAUUACCGCUCAUAAUUGUCUGCGAUCGAUUUGACUUUGUGCACGACCUUGUUCUCUACCUUUAUCGUAACAACUUGCAGAAAUACAUUGAAAUUUAUGUACAAAAGGUUUUUGUUAUCGGAGGACUUCUAGACGUCGAUUGCUCAGAAGACAUAAUAAAGAACCUGAUCCUGGUAGUCCGUGGUCAAUUUUCCACCGACGAGCUCGUUGAAGAAGUAGAGAAGCGUAAUCGCCUGAAGCUUCUCCUCCCCUGGUUGGAAUCCCGCGUCCACGAAGGCUGUAUCGAGCCGGCGACCCACAACGCCCUCGCUAAAAUCUACAUUGACAGUAACAACAACCCCGAGAGGUUCCUGAAAGAAAACCAAUUCUACGACAGCCGUGUCGUUGGUAAAUACUGCGAGAAACGUGACCCACACUUGGCAUGCAUCGCCUACGAGCGUGGUCAAUGCGACCGUGAAUUGAUCAGCGUGUGUAACGAAAACAGUCUGUUCAAGAGCGAGGCCAGAUACUUGGUUCGCCGCAGAAAUCCUGACCUGUGGGCAGAAGUACUGCUCGAAAGCAAUCCCUACAAGCGUCCAUUGAUCGACCAGGUAGUCCAGACCGCACUUUCAGAAACUCAAGACCCCGAAGACAUUUCAGUGACUGUAAAAGCUUUCAUGACUGCAGAUCUGCCCAACGAGCUUAUAGAAAUUCUUGAGAAAAUAAUCCUAGACAGUAGCAUCUUCAGCGACCACCGUAAUCUCCAGAAUCUUUUAAUUUUAACAGCAAUUAAGGUUGACCGUACUCGUGUAAUGGAGUACAUAAACCGUCUUGACAAUUACGACGCUCCUGAUAUCGCAAAGAUUGCAAUAACCAGUAAGCUGUACGAAGAAGCUUUUGCAAUCUUCAAGAAGUUCGAUGUCAACACCUCGGCUAUCCAAGUAUUAAUUGAACAAGUUGGUAAUCUAGACCGUGCUUAUGAAUUCGCAGAGAGAUGCAAUGAGCCGGCAGUAUGGUCUCAGCUCGCGCAAGCCCAAUUGCAGCAGGAGCUUGUGAAAGAGGCUAUAGACAGUUUUAUAAAAGCUGAUGAUCCUUCAGCUUAUGUUGAUGUUGUAGAAACAGCUCACCGUACCUCUCAUUGGGAGGAUCUCGUCCGGUAUCUCCAAAUGGCCCGGAAAAAAGCACGCGAGUCCUUUAUCGAGAGCGAGUUAAUUUAUGCUUACGCACGUACUAACCGACUUGCUGACCUCGAGGAAUUUAUAUCUGGACCUAACCACGCAGACAUACAAAAAAUAGGAGACAGGUGCUUCGAGGAUAAAAUGUACGACGCUGCUAAAUUGCUGUACAACAAUGUCUCUAAUUUUGCUAGGUUGGCUAUCACACUGGUACAUCUAAAAGAGUUCCAGGGGGCUGUUGACUCUGCACGCAAGGCUAAUUCAACCCGUACGUGGAAGGAAGUAUGCUUCGCUUGUGUUGACAGCGGAGAAUUCCGCUUAGCGCAAAUGUGUGGCCUCCAUAUUGUCGUCCACGCUGAUGAGCUUGAAGAUUUGAUAAAUUACUAUCAAGAUCGCGGUCACUUUGAGGAAUUAAUAAACCUGUUGGAGGCGGCUUUGGGUCUUGAGAGAGCACACAUGGGAAUGUUUACCGAACUUGCUAUUCUUUACAGCAAAUACAAGCCCCAGAGAAUGCGCGAACACUUGGAAUUAUUCUGGUCCCGGGUUAAUAUUCCGAAGGUACUCAGAGCUGCUGAGUCCGCUCAUUUGUGGGCAGAGCUCGUUUUUCUCUAUGACAAGUAUGAAGAGUAUGACAAUGCGGUCCUUGCUAUGAUGCAACAUCCCACUGAAGCGUGGAGAGAGGGUCACUUUAAGGAUGUAAUUACUAAGGUAGCUAAUGUUGAGCUCUAUUACAAGGCUAUUCAGUUCUAUCUUGACUACAAGCCUUUGCUGUUGAAUGACAUACUGCUGGUGUUGUCACCAAGGAUGGAUCACACAAGGGCUGUUGGUCAUUUCACACGAACUGGACACUUGCAACUGGUCAAACCGUACUUGAGAUCUGUACAGGCGCUCAAUAACAAAGCUAUUAAUGAAGCAUUAAAUGGAUUACUCAUUGAUGAAGAAGAUUACCAGGGUCUUAGGACGUCAAUAGAUGCUUUUGAUAACUUUGAUAAUAUUGCACUUGCUCAACAGCUCGAAAAGCAUGAGCUUAUUGAGUUUAGGAGGAUUGCUGCCUAUCUUUACAAAGAAAGAGGAUCUAAAGAUUGUUUCGCUGCUUGCCUAUUUUACUGUUACGAUCUUCUCCAUCCUGAUGUUAUUUUAGAACUCGCGUGGAAACACCGUAUCAUCCCCUUCGCAAUGCCCUAUCUUAUUCAAGUUAUGCGUGAAUACAUAACUAAAGUUGACAAAUUAGAAGAGGCUGAAAGCAGACGCGCAGAAGAAACCAGCCACGAAGAACACAAGCCCAUGAUUAUGCCGGAGCCACAAUUGAUGCUAACAGCCGGUCCAGGAAUGAUGGCUCCAGGUUACGCGCCUCAAGCCGUUUAUACUCCAGCUCCCGGUGUGUACGCACCAGCAGCAGCGGCGGCUUACCAAGGCUAUGGUAUGUGA